UACUCUUUUGUCUCUAGCUGACCUCUCCUAUAUUCAUGUUCAUUCUUCUUUUGUGUGCUGAAGAAGUCACACGUAAUCGGUAAAAUGACACCGGAUAAUUCAAGUGAUAGCGAAAAUAUAGCAAAUGUUCUUGAAAAGAGAUUGAAAAGGCUGGAAAAAAUGAUGAAGAGGAAAAGACAUAAUAAAAAACGGAGAAGUCAUCGUAGACGUUCGAGUUCGUCGGAGACGGAUAGGGAAAGGAAGAGAAGGAGGUCGAUAAGCUGGUCGAGUGAGCGAGGUUUUGAAAGCGACGAUAACGAUGUUACGGAGAUUGGCGAAUCGUCGCAGACGAACGUUGGGGCAGUGCAGAGGGACAUCAUCGUCGAUCCUUCGGUGACUGAGUCAACAGUUGCCAAGACACAGGAUGGGGAUGUCGAAGUCGUCGACACUCGAGGUCAGUCCAAUGAAGGUCCGCAAGGGAAAACCUUGCUUGGUGAUGUUCCUGAGGGCGAUUUGGCCAUUAAUGCUCAGAUUCUUGAGCUCAUGGGGAAGAGAGUAUCGGAUACUCGUGCGAUGAGCGACGCGAUUCCGACUGAAUUGGCAAUAAGAUGGGAGGAAAUUUUACAAAGAGGCCUUCCUCUUGAGGAGGUUUCUUCGAUCAUGAAAAAAUACACUCCACCAGUGAACGCAAGUUUUAUAGAUCCACCGCGGAUUAAUCCGGAGGUGAAUGGUGCCAUUUCGGAGCCAAAUAAAAAGAGAGACGAAAGGAUUGUUGUUAAGCAAAACAAAAUUAGCGCAUGUCUCUCCGUCGUGGGGAAAAUGUUUCAAGCGGUUUUAUGUGAAAAACAAGAAAAGUUCAUGCUCUUAGAACAACUGAGCGACGUCGGUCGUCUUUUAUCAGAUCUUCAACAUGAUGAGUCGUCGGUCAGGAAGAAUUUGAUUCUCGCGAAUUUAAACACGCCUUUCAAAGAGGUUCUAGCGAAGACGACGGCAGAUGAAUUGUUGUUCGGAAAGAGCCUCGAGGAAAAAAUUAAAGCGGCAAAAAUACUCGAAAAUUCGUCUCGUGAGUUGAAACCGAGUCAUUCAGUGACAGUUCCUAAGGGUUCAAAAAACGGGAAGGUCCCGCCCCGACGUCAGACCGGUCAGCAUUUCCAGAGGACGUCAGUAGCGGGCGGGAAGAAACCGUAUAUUUCGAAAAGCCUGAACAACGUUUCGCGGCAGAGAGGCAGCCGUCGUCGGGAGGAACUAAAACGGAGACAAGAGCAGCGUCAUUAGCGAAAAUUCUAGUUGAACCUGGAACCGCAUCCACUGUGGAAGAGCCUUUCCCUGGUGGUCGGGAGGUUAUAGUGAGAGCUUUUCAAGCAAGACAUAUUCCGGAAGAAGCAUUACAUUUGAUGGUCUCGUCGCUGCGUCUUUCGUCGCUUAAACAGUAUGACUGCGCUUUAAGGAAGUGGUGGAAUUUUUGUCGGAGAAAGAAGAUCAAUCCUUUUCAGCCAUCGAUGGAGGAAGUGAUUGAAAUUCUCGCAGAAGAGUUUAAGGGAGGAGCGGCUCACGGAUCGCUUAAUUCCCUUAGAUCGGCGAUUUCUUUGGUAGUUGGUCCUCACGUGGGUCAAGAUUUUCAUAUUCGACGUCUGUUCAAAGGGAUAUCGGAACUUCGCCCAUCAAGACCAAAAUAUGAUCAUACAUGGGAUCCGAAAGUAGUUUUGGAUUAUUUUGAUAAGUUGGAUGACAAUGAGAAUAUGCCGCUAGGCUUGCUGUCUGGAAAGCUCAUCACUCUUUUAGCUCUUAUAACGGGUCAGAGGAUGCAGACGCUGUCAUUAAUCAAAUUGCAGAACAUCGAAAGAAGUCAGGACGUGGUACAGGUUAAGAUACCGGAUAUAAUCAAAACAUCGGGCCGAAAUCGUUCACAGCCGCUUCUGUUACUACCUAAAUAUGAGAUAAAUGAAAAAAUUUGUGUUGUACGAACGUUGGACAAUUAUUUACAAAGGACGGAUCGAAUAAGAGGUCAAGUUGAUUCGUUGUUUGUUUCGUUGAAGAAACCAAUUAGAGAAGUUUCGGCUGGAACUCUGGCAAAAUGGACAAAGAAUGUUUUGAAAGCGAGUGGCGUCGAUACUCAGGUAUUCUCAGCGCAUAGUACGCGUCAUGCGUCGACCUCAGCCGCCAAACAAAAGGGUCUUGGCAUCGACAGCAUUAGGAAGGCAGCAGGUUGGUCAGAGAAGUCUAAAACGUUUGCUCGAUUUUAUGACUUGCCAGUUGUACCGGAUAACACUGCGUUUGCCAAUGCAAUCUACGAAAAAGCUGUGUUAUUUUAGCAUAUAGCAUAGAGGUUUAUGUUGAUGUUAAUUGUAUACGUCAUUUCAUGAUUAAACGAAUUGUUAA